GAUGGCAGCAGCAGCCGUUCUCCUCUGCGUAUUUCUCCAAGUCCAACAAAACCUCCUGCGCCAGUGGAGUUUAUUAUAGACUUGAACUUGCUCUUCCCAAGAUCCAGUCUGUCCCCAAAUUUCAUUGAUCUAUUCAGAGGCUAUGUGAGAAAUGUGUCCUUUCCCCAAAACAUCACUGUGUCUUUAACUCUAGAAGACUUGAACUUCACCACAUGGUGCUAUCCAAACUCCACUGGAGGACUGCAGUGUCAGUGUGAGGACCAGUUUGCUUGGUCAUGUGACAAGUGUGGAGUAUAUGGUGCCUGUGGUGAUGUCAUCUCCCCAACAUGUGGGUGCAUAAAAGGACUUCCUUCUAAUGGAGAGUUUUGUAUACCAAUCACAGAUGUUUCUUCAUGUCCAACAACAACUCCUGCGCCAGUGGAGUUUAAUAUAGACUUGAACUUGCUCUUCCCAAUACCCAGUCUGCCCCCAAAUUUCAUUGAUCUAUUCAGAGGCUAUGUGAGAAACGUGUCCUUUCCCCAAAAUAUUACUGUGUCUUUAACUCUAGAAGACUUGAACUUCACUACAUGGUGCUAUCCAAACUCCACUGGAGGACUGCAGUGUCAAUGUGAGGACCAGUUUGCCUGGUCAUGUGACAAGUGUGGCCUAUACGGUGCAUGCAGUAAUGUCACCUCCCACACCUGUGAAUGCAUCCAAGCGCUUCCUCCUGGUGGAGAAUUCUGUGAACCAAUCACAAAUAUUUCUCCAUGUCCAACAACAACUCCUGUUAUAACACCAUCAACACCAGAAACUACAGCAACAAAUGAGCCAGUGGAGUUUAAUAUAGACUUGAACUUGCUCUUCCCAAUACCCAGUCUGCCCCCAAAUUUCAUUGAUCUAUUCAGAGGCUAUGUGAGAAACGUGUCCUUUCCCCAAAAUAUUACUGUGUCUUUAAUACUAGAAGACUUGAACUUCACCACAUGGUGCUAUCCAAACUCCACUGGAGGACCGCAGUGUCAAUGUGAGGACCAGUUUGCCUGGUCAUGUGACAAGUGUGGCCUAUACGGUGCAUGCAGUAAUGUCACCUCCCAAACCUGUGAAUGCAUCCAAGCGCUUCCUCCUGGUGGAGAGUUCUGCGAACCAAUCACAAAUAUUUCUCCAUGUCCAACAACAACUCCUGUCACAACACCAGUAAUAACAAUACCUACUACAACAUAUGCACCAGUGGUCUUCUAUAUAACAGUUGAAUUGCACAUUUCAGCAGCCAGUGUGCCCCCAAAUAUCACUGUUGUACUCAGAGACAUUGUGAAAAAUGUCAUCUCUCCUCAAAUCGAGUCUUUAACAGUAAAAGACUUGAACUUCACCACAUGGUGCUCUCCAGUCUCUACGGGAGUGCAGUGUCAGUGUGAGGACCAGUUUGCUUGGUCAUGUGACAAGUGUGACGUAUACGGUGCGUGCAGUAAUGUCACCUCACAAACCUGUGGGUGCAUCAACAGGCUUCCUCCUGGUGGAGAAAUUUGUCAACCAAUCUCAACUUUCAGUCUAUGUAUAACACCAACUACAACUACAUUACCAUCAGGGACAACUACAACAAUGCCAAACACAACAACAGUGCCCUUUAUACCACUACCACCAACAACAACAACCACAAUAUCAACAACUACACCAAUGACACAGACAUUUGAAAUAACUUUGGAUGUUGAAUUCAAGGAAGAAUACAAUCAAGAAACCAAUGACUUUCACAUAACUGUUAGCAACACCAUCAGAGAUGAAGGACUGAAGCAAGGAAUAGAAGCAAAAUUAAUUAAUUUCCGGAGUGGAAGUACCAUUGCCCAAUAUCAAGUCAGUGCUAACUCUUCUGUUACACCAGACUUUCAAGCACUAAAUUUAAAAAUAGCUGGCAAGCUGGCAGAAUCAUACCCUGUGGUAUUUGAGGCAUCGGGUCCCCUGACGUUUGUGCCAAAUGAUGAAUUUUAUGAGCAAACAGUGACUGUCACAUGUGGCCCUCCACCAGUGAAUCUCAAUUUUGGCACUGUCUCAGCAGCAGAGUGGAGACGUAAUACGGUGCUCAUAUCUGAAGAUGGAGAACACAGAAUUUCAAUUAAGGAUGGAAUAUCAACCUUAACUGUGUCAAGGUUUAUUAGCUCUGAUGAUGGAGUUUAUGAAUGUAGGCUGAUGCGCACAAACGACAAAGCAUUUUUUCGCCAGAAAUCUGAAAAAUCAUUUAGUCUGAAAACAAAACCCACAAUCACAGUCUCACCAAUCAGACAGUAUGUGCAAUGUCUCGGAGAAAGUGUGGCUCUGAAUUGCAGUGUGAGUGAUGGGUAUGAGGUUGAGUUUCAGGGCUUUUCUGGUGCAGGUAAUUCGAUUACCUAUAAUUAUAUUGCACCUCAAGGUUGUGAACAGGAGGAAAAGACAUUCACCUGCAAGUCAAAAACCCAACCCGUAUUUACAAAAGCAAUAACACUACAGUUAUCCUCACAGAGCGCUUACUGUAUAAAUGACACAUUUGGCCAAGGAGAUAUAGGUUACAAAGCUGCAGUGCCCUGUUAUCCAAAACUUGUGGGACCAAAUAAGGUGGGAGAAAUAACUGCAGUGUGUAAGGAAAAUAAGAAAUUUGACGAUGUUGAAUACAACUGCAUCCUGUUGCCAGUUCAGGAGCUGCUUGACCAGUCCCAGUUCUUGACUGCCACUACAUUGCCAGUAUUUUUGGAACAGCUCAAGAACGUCACUGUCAAUUAUACUGAUGAAGUGAUUAAAUCUCCUCCCAACAUUAAAGCUAUUGUGAGAAUACUCAUCAAUGUCGCCAACAAAUCUUCAUCCCUCGAUAUCUCAAUUAGCAGAGAUUCAAUGGAGAAUGUCUUGAUAACAGCAGGGGUUCUCACCAUCAAUGGAACAAAGCAAACAUGGAACUUUCUGAAUAACAAUGACACCAGAAGCAUCUUAAACAACACUGAUCCUGAAAGUGUUAGCUCAUCAUUUUUGGACUCCCUUGAAACAAUAACAUCUCAUCUUGUCAAUGCAACUUUUGACAUUACGACAGACUUUAUUCAGUUAAACAGAACUACAUUCACAGACACUUUCAAUGCUGAAUUUAAUUCUUCAGUGACAAUAGAAAUACCCGAGUCUAAUGGAGAUAACAAAACAAUCACUAUGAUAGUAUUUAACUCGUUAGAUAAUGUACUACCUGCAAGAAAUGAGGCCAAUUCAUCGCUCAACUCUAUAAACGGCAGGGUUGUACUUGUUCAGUCCAGUGGCCAAAUCAAAAAUAUCUCUUUCACAUUUGAUAUUUUAAAUGAUACACUGGGAAACCCUGAAUGUGUCUUCUGGAACUUCAGCCUCUUUGAUGGUCUGGGAGGAUGGGAUGGCAAGGGCUGCGAGUUAGUGUUAAACAUAAAUGAAACGGAAACUGUCACCUGCAACUGCAGCCACCUGACCUCAUUCUCCAUCCUCAUGUCACCGAACAGUCCGAAGAAACUCUAUUUGGACAUUAUAACCUACAUUGGAGUUGGCAUUUCAAUGGGUUCCUUGGUCAUAUGUCUCAUCAUUGAAGGCCUCAUUUGGAGAAAAGUAAGAAAGAAUGAAACCUCUUACUUGCGUCAUGUUGCCAUUGUUAACAUUGCCGUUUCCCUCCUGAUUGCAAACAUUUGGUUUAUAAUUGGAGCGGCCAUUUCCGAUGCAGAAGUUAAAAACCCCCCAGCAUGCACUGCAGCUACCUUUUUCAUCCAUUUUUUCUACCUGGCCCUGUUCUUCUGGAUGCUGGCCUCAGCUAUGCUGCUGCUCUACCGUACAACUAAUGUUUUUGCUGGUGGUUUGUCUAAAGCAUCUAUGCUGGCCAUUGGAUUUUUUCUAGGCUACGGAGCUCCUCUCAUCAUUGCUACAGUAACUAUAGCUGCAACUGCACCUGAUAAUGGAUACAUCCGAGAAAAUAUUAUAUGCUGGCUCAACUGGGAUAAGUCCAAAGCUCUGCUGGCAUUUGUGAUCCCUGCACUUUCAAUAGUGGUGAUAAACCUCAUUAUCCUGGUUGUGGUUUUGUACAAAAUUAUAAGGAGAAGGGUUGGAACAACUGCUGCACAAGCAGAAGAAAAGCACGUUUUAGUGGUUAUUGCCAAGAGUUUGGCUGUGCUCACACCAUUUUUUGGCAUAACUUGGGGUUUGGGAGCUGGAAUUCUGGCUGAUCCAACAAAUGAAGGAAUCCAUAUUGCAUUCGCGUUCUUCAAUUCACUACAGGGUUUCUUUAUUUUGGUGUUUGGAACACUGCUGGACGGUAAGGUGCGGUCAGCAAUAGCAUCAUGGUCACAACCCUCCAGAAGUAGGACAGGGAGCACAAGUGCUGGAAACUCAACAUCAAGUGGAUUUCGAUUUUUAAGGAACUGGAGACGUGGAAGAGAUGGCUACAACAUGACAUCCAGUGCAUCCAGUGAUUUGCAUUCGGCUAGCAACACAUAAUGUAUGCAGAAAACAGUGGUUAUCCAGAUAACCAGCAAGGAGUCACUCCCCCCCCCCCCACACACACCUUUUUUCUCCAUAUUUUUAAUAAGUUAAUCUGUUAUGGUUUUAUUUAUAUUUUACAUAAUAUUGAAUCCUAGAAGAAUCUGGGUUAAUUUUAG